AUGCCGCCGCGGAGGCGUGGCCGGGGGCCUCGGGCCGCUUCCCGGUCCCGGGCCUGCGCGUGGGCUGGGUCAGAGGCCACAGGGGACAGGCUGCGUCCACGGGGAGCACAAGGUGGUCAGGCCUGCCUGCCCUCACCCGAGGGCUCAUCGCCGGCGGGACGCACAGGGAAGGGCCUGGAGGCCGAGAGCCCGCUCUGCUCUCAACGGACGGGGGGAGGCCGGGGAGCCGCCGCAAGGGACUCGGCUGUUGUCACUGUCACCUUCACGGGAGCAGCCCCGGUGCAGAGCCCAGGCGUGGGCCUGAUCCUCACCCCGCCCCUGCUGGGAGCUGGGCUGCCCCCCAGGUGUCCCGCAGCAGAGGACCGACAGGUAAGGGAGACCCGGGAGACCCAGAACCGCACGCUCUGUGUCGAUGUGUCCUCGGUCCUCUCGUGGACGCGGAGGCCCGCCUGGCCCUGGCCUGCACCCUCACUGAUGGCGACCAGUCCCCACCUUCCCCCGGACCGCCCGCCCCCCCGGGGGCUCCCUCGCCGGAGCCCCGACAACGCCCACCGUGGGUCUGGGGGCCCGGAGGGCUCCUGUGCGUCGCUGACCCCCCGACGGCCUGCAGGGCGCCCCCCGAGUCACCCCCGGGCCCGUCUGGGAGCCUCGCUCCCCCGCAGUGCCGCCGAGUCCCGCCGCGCGCCGCCGCGCGUGGGCGUCCGUCCUUCCCCGGUGCCCAGGGCCGCGCCGGGCGUCCGUCCUUCCCCGGUGCCCGGGGCCGUGCGCGCGGCCGAGCCACGGAGCUCAGCCGAGCGGGCGCGGGAGCUCGGGGUCGAGGGCACUGCGGUGACCGAAGUCCGGGCCCGGGGAGGGCUGGCCUGCAACAGCUGUAGACGGGAGGGCUCUGGGCAGGACAGACCUGGGCCCCCAACACUCUGGGGAGUGUGCACAGGCCGCCGGGCACGGACCAGGUCUGAGGGUGGGGUGCCGGGAAGGCCGGCCCCUCCGCUCACGGCGUCGGAAUCGUCUCCCGAUCCUGAGCAGAUGGUUGAGAGCUCCGUGCUGACGCGGCCUGGCCUUGCGCUGCCCGUCCUGUCCCUCCGGGAGGAGGCCUCCCGGGGCCGCGGGGCCUUGGAGCCCCUGCCCUGUCAGCGAGGCCUAGGGUCCUGGGUCCCCAGAGCUCGGCCCUCGGCUCCUCCGUCGCAUCCCUGGGCUCUGGGAAGGCCCUGGUCCCCAGGCAAGAUGUCGGCCGGCCAGCCCCCCCCCGAGGAGCCCCCAGCGCCCCAACCCCACAGCCCGAGCGCCACGGCAACUGAGAUCGCCCUGCUGAUGGUGGGUCUGGGGACACAGAAAGUUCCAGAGAUGUCUGCUCCUCAGGACGACGACAAGUGCUGGUGA